GACCCAGUGAAAGGAACACACUUUAUUCGAUAGGCGAUAACAUCCCUUCUCCCUAACAGUUCUGGGAAGAUGUGCGCAGUCAGGCUGAGCAACACUCGCUCCCUUCCCAAGAACACAUGGCACAAACGCAGGCAGAUAUACGGUACCUGAGAGUGAUGGGAGAGUCUGUAAGAUCCUGGGCUGAGUGGCAGAGUGCAGCCAACUAGCCCAUCGUGCCCCCCCAUUCCCACACCCACCUCCCCUGGGCAAUGUGACGUCACCAUGCUCCGGGACUGGGGGAGAGCAGGGAAAGCUAAUGGGCAAUGAGAGAGCAAUUCUCCUCCCUUGCGUCCUGUCACUUGCUCCAAUCCCUAUUUUAUUGUAGGGGCUGCUGCUGCCUGCGGCUCAGAGCACAAAGUCACAGGGUGUAAUGAACUUGUGAGCACCUUGGCUUCCCUUAUCUUUGCCCUGUCACUUUCCUGCUGUAGUGCCCUGACUCCAUGUCUCUGGGGCACCUGCAUUCUUACCCUCUCACUGGCACUGGGGUGGCGCAAUCUCUAAGAAGUCACACAACUUAUUUUUAAUUUUUUUUUUGGUAAUUCCUUGUUGGAUAAUUUUUAUCUCGUACGGUGAAUGUCAGAAGGGAAGCGGUUCUGUCGAAUAUUUAAUUCGAUCUUGCUAGCGAUCAUCGGUCGAUCUGACUGUGCCCUGCAGGAUGCUGUGAUUUGCCCGGAGUAGCAAGCUGUGAGCUGUGGAGUUGCACCUGUGCAUAGGAGACUUAUUGGCCACCGGCGGGAAUUUGGGUCACUUUCUGCGGACAAGAUGAGCAAACCGACAGGAUCAACAAGUCGGAUCCUGGACAUACCAUGCAAAGUAUGCGGAGAUCGUAGCUCAGGUAAACACUAUGGAGUGUACGCCUGUGAUGGAUGCUCAGGGUUUUUUAAAAGAAGCAUCAGAAGGAACAGAAGCUAUGUCUGCAAAUCUGGAAAUCAGGGGGGUUGUCUAGUAGACAAGACGCACAGGAAUCAGUGCCGAGCGUGUCGUCUGAAGAAAUGCCUAGAAGUCAACAUGAACAAAGAUGCUGUUCAACAUGAGAGAGGACCAAGAACAUCCACCAUAAGGAAGCAAGUUGCUCUGUACUUCAGAGGACACAAGGAAAUAAAUGGAAGCACGCCACACUUUCCAUCAGCAGCACUGCCAGCCCCAACCUUCUUCACCACAGUUAGCCAAUUGGAACCACAUAACCUGGAGCUGACAGCUAUCUCCACUACCCCAGAAAGACAGACCUUGGUAGGACUUGCACAGCCAACCCCAAAGUACCCUCAUGAAGUGAAUGGAGCACCCCUUUAUCUGUAUGAGGUCGCCACAGAGUCAGUCUGUGAAUCAGCUGCACGGCUUCUAUUCAUGAGCAUUAAGUGGGCAAAGAGUGUACCUGCAUUCUCUACACUGUCGCUACAAGACCAGCUGAUGCUUCUGGAGGACGCGUGGAGAGAGCUGUUUGUUCUUGGAAUAGCACAAUGGGCGAUCCCAGUUGAUGCUAGCACACUUCUGGCUGUAUCUGGAAUGAACAGUGAUAACACAGAAUCUCAAAAGCUGAAUAAGAUCAUCUCGGAGAUCCAGGCUUUGCAAGAAGUGGUUUCUAGAUUUCGACAGCUCCGGCUAGACGCUACUGAAUUUGCUUGUCUCAAAUGCAUCGUCACUUUUAAGGCUGGUGUGCCUCCGCACAGUGGUUCUGAACUAAGGAGUUUCCGCAAUGCUGCUGCUAUCGCAGCCUUACAGGAUGAAGCACAGCUCACACUCAACAGCUACAUACACACCAGAUACCCUACACAACCAUGUCGGUUUGGCAAACUCCUAUUGCUUUUGCCAGCAUUACGCUCCAUAAACCCAUCUACGAUAGAAGAAGUUUUUUUCAAGAAAACAAUUGGCAAUGUUCCAAUAACGCGGCUACUUUCAGAUAUGUACAAAUCCAGUGACAUCUAACCUUAGGAGAAUAUCCUGAAAAUAAAGACUAUUGCAAAUGACUGUUUAAGCAGAUAUAUGAACAUUCCUUCAGAAGGCCAUGACCAGAAAGAAUAAUAUUUUUAGCAAAAAGCCAUCAUAUUGAUGAACAAGCUAUCCAACUACAUUUUACAAUGCACAAGAACUUGACUUCAAGAAGUGAUCCAUUUCAAACACUGAGAAGGUGGCUAAGUUACUCACUUCUAAGUUAAAAGUGCUGAGGCUAAAGUGCCAUUGUACAUAUGCAUACUACAUCUCGUCAAAAUGAAUCAACUAAAUGUCUUCAUCUUCUAAAAGAUGGGAAAAAAAGAACUGAAAAGAAACAGAAGGCAAGAUUUGCUAUGGUGGUAAUUGCCUGGUUUCAAGACUGCUAGAAAGAUAACAAAUUCUUGGGAAUAUGGCUGCUUUUAUUUAGACUUACUCGAAUUCCCGACCUUUGUUAUAUUACAUUUGUGACCACCUAAAGUUGCACAGUUGGCAUUUCCACAGUAGGAACAUUCUUCAGUUAAUCCUCAUAUGUAGCAUAGUCCUAUAUGGGCAUUGCAUAUGCGCUGGUGCCAUAAAAAUCACUUGUCUGGAGUGACUUGUUGGUCACUGGAAAGUUCCAGCCAUUAAUUUAGUACCUCAAAGGCUAUCAAUGUGCCACAAAGAUUAAUACUUUGCACUUCAGAGUGUUUGAAAGAGUUUCAAUAAAUUACUUUCCCAUAAAUCCACUCAAUUUGCUGCAACCUCAAGCAAUACUGUGACAAAACAUGCACAAUCCAUUUACUUAACCUUAGUAACAAUGUGAGCAAGUACUUAACCAAUGAUUAUUUCAGUUCCAAUCACUGCUUUAAUUUAUGUUUUGUAAGUUAGAAUUAUGUCAAAAAUCCUAUGUUUUACUAAGACACAAAAGCCUUUCUGGAGAUGGAACACAAGAGAACCAAAAGUGAAGGGAGGAAAUAUAGUCUGCAUAGGGUAUGAAAACCAAAGGCAAUAGUGUCCAAAUCACUACCAUAUAAUAAGCAAAUUAAUUCUUGCAUUAAAAAGUCUUCUAAGAACUGAUUAGAGGUUAAUAAAAAAUAAUUUGUUUAGUUAUUCUGGGCUCUAUGAAAUAUCACAACAAAAAAAAAAAACAUUGUUAUCAUUACACAACAUGUAGAAAGGGACCAUCCAGUAACAGUAUAAAGACAUAGCUGCUUUACUUUCAGAGUUUUGGUGUAAUAUUAGGUUCUAGCACUGAGGAAUAAAAUCAGCACUUCAACUAUCAUAGACAAGUAAAGAUUUUUCUUGUACAAAGUGUCGACUAAUUUGUGAAGAUAAAAGUUGUACUCAAUUUCUUUACAAAGAAAAAUAAACUAUAUUGAAUUUAAGCUU